AUUGGCAAGUGGAAAAUUGGAUUUGCAAUUUUUGCACGAUCCAAUCAUGGCACAACCUGGGUGUGAUUUAAUGUGUGGAGAUGUUGAGAUCCCUUACCCAUUUGGAAUGAAGGAUCCAAAAUGCUAUGCAGAGGAGUGGUUCCAAGUAGAAUGCAAGAGUAACCACACACCAUAUCUGAAGCUUAUAAACCUUGAAGUGACAGCCAUUGACGUUAACAUUAGCACCGUUGAAGUCAAGAAUCCAGUUUUCCACAGGAAGUGUCACGAUGGAGGCAAAGAUUCUUCUCUCUCUCGUCCCAAACCAACCAUAGAAGAUCCUGCAGGUAUUUCUUUGAGAGGUAGCCCCUUUGUGUAUUCCAACAAGCGCAACACAUUCGUAGCUUUCGGUUGCAACAUUCUUGGAUUCUUGCACUCUAACCGUUCAGUAGUCGCUGGGUGCGUGUCAGUUUGCGGUCCAAAAGAGUUCACAAGACUCAAGAAAUCGGUUGCCAGUGGAAAAAAGGUUAAUCUUGGUUGCCAUGGAAAGUUCUGUUGUGUUGCUUCAAUACCAAGUUAUCUAUCAGAGUAUGAGGUGACAAUGGAAGAUAUAAGAAAUGGAAGCAUUGCUCCUGGGUGCGACGACUAUGCGCUGAUAGCAAAAAAAUGGAGAAAGGAAUUAACAUGGAUGGUGAAUCAGAAAGAGAGUGAACUCAAGAAGAAUGUGAGUCACUAUGCACAUGCUGUGCUGGAGUUUGAGAUUCUGAAUUGGUUCAACAUUGAAGCAACUAAUGCAGAAUGUCUUAAGACUAAUGUAACGUCCUCAAAAAUGGAGAAUUCAGGUUGGAGAUGCAAAUGCAGAGUAGGAUUCCAUGGGAACCCAUACAUUGCUGGUGGCUGUGUAGUUAUUCGAGACCGUUGGUACCAUUCCGAAGGAACUCCCACAAAAGAGCUUAUGGUUGGACUUUUGUCAAGCCUCGGAUCCAUUAUUUUAUUGCUGGGUCUAAGGUGGCUCUAUGAAGUUGAAAGGAAAAGAAUAGCGAAAAAAAGCAGAGAAAGUUUCUUCAAAAAGAAUGGUGGUGUGUUGUUAGAAAAGGUAUUGUCUUCUAGUGAAGGUAGUUUUGAUAAAUUUAAACUCUUCAGCUUAAAGGAAUUAGAGAAGGCCACAAACCACUUUAAUGUGAACCGGAUACUUGGAAAUGGAGGUGAAGGUACUGUUUACAAGGGCAUGCUACUAGAUGGUAAAAUUGUGGCUGUCAAGAAGUUUAAGGUCCAAGGAAAGAUAGAACAAUUCAUCAAUGAAUUUGUUAUUCUUUCGCAAAUUGACCACAGAAAUGUGGUUAAACUGUUGGGGUGUUGUUUGGAAACAGAGAUUCCUCUGCUUGUUUAUGAAUUCAUUCCCAAUGGGACCCUUUUCCAAUAUUUGCAUGACCAAGAUGCAUAUCUACCAAUGACAUGGGAAAUGCGUUUAAAGAUUGCCAUUGAAGUUGCAGGAGCUCUAUUCUAUUUACAUUCAGCAGCUUCUAAGCCCAUUUAUCAUAGAGAUAUCAAAUCGACCAAUAUACUAUUGGAUGAAAAGUACAAUGCAAAGGUGGCUGAUUUUGGAACAUCCAAAAUGAUUGCUAUUGAAGACACUCACCUCACCACAAUAGUUAAAGGAACUUUCGGAUACUUGGAUCCUGAAUAUUUUCACACUAGUCAAUUUACAGACAAGAGUGAUGUUUAUAGUUUCGGAGUAGUUCUUGUUGAACUUUUAACAGGGCAAAAGCCGGUUUCCUUUGUUGCCCCGGAUGAGGCGCAAAAUUUAGCAUCAUACUUUAUUUUGUGCAUGGAGGAAAAACGUGUGUUUGACAUCAUUGACAAAAGAAUCAUGUGGGAAGGACGGAGAAAGCAUAUCAAUGCAGUUGCCAAGCUUGCCAAAAGAUGUUUAGACCUGAAAGGUAUUAAGCGGCCUAGUAUGAAGGAAGUCUCAAUGCAAUUAUAUGGUAUCUGGGAGUUGCAAAGGAAUUCUAGAGCAUAAAAGCCCAUGAAGAGACUUAGCUCA